AUGGAGAUGCAGCAACCGCCAAAUCCAUCACCACAGCAACAAGAAGAUUCACUACACGCUGAGAGCAAGCCUUCCGUAUUGUUGAGUACGUCCACGAGUGUUCAUUCCACCAUGGAUCAUCAUCCUUCUUCAACAACAUUCACUAUGGACCCAUCCGUUCCAGAAAUCCACAAGAUCCAUGAUGACAAACAAGUUUUAUCUGUUCCAUUCAGCUCCACACCUCAAGAUAAUAAUAAUCAAAUGAUGAUCAAGGAAGAAUCAACCAUGAUGAUGAUGACAUCACCAACAUCAAACACUCAUCAUCAGCCAUUCAAUAAUAAUAAUAAUUAUUAUGGACCAACAACACCAUCUAGUACCAAUCAUCAUCUUGGUGGAAUAUCCUCCACUCCAACAACACCGUCAAGCCAAGGAUUAGCCUCUCCUCUCCAACAGCAACAACAACCCUAUCACAGACCUAUUGCCAAGAGUUUUAAGAGUCCACCUCCUUCUGACUUCUUCGUGAACAUUGCAGCAAAUUUGAGUUAUUCGGCCAUUGCACAAUACUUUAGAUUACCUCUUCAUGAGGCUUGUGUGUUCUUGCACGUUGAUGAGACCUCUCUAAAGAAAAGAUGUAGAGAACUUGGUAUCAGAAGAUGGCCUUAUAGAAAGAGAGGUAUUGGUUCCAAAUCCAACAGCAACAAUAACAAUGGUAAUAACGUCCAAUCUGUAACUGCAGUUCCUGGAAAUAUGCAAACUUCUUUUCCCAAUACAGAAGAUGAUUCCGAGUCGUUGUUUUCGUGCUUUCAAUUGCAUAAGAAGCGAGCGAACAAACAUCAACAAAAAUCAAAUGAUGAAGCAGUGGCAGCUGAAGUAUUGGGUGCAAUGUGUGCACGACGUUCUUCCACUCAAAGCUCACCUUCAUUACAGAACUUGUCAUCACCAAAACCAAGUAUGGGAAUGAACAAUAACCACCAACCUAAUCAUCAUGCGUACUAUCAACAACCACAACAGAAUAUGACUGGUUAUGGAACUCCCAACACGCAAUCCUUCCAUAAUAAUAGUGUUGUGGUUGGAGGAGGAGGAGGCCAAGGUGGACCACCAAUGAUCAAUAUACCACAGCAACAGCAACAGUAUCAACCACCAAGCAAUGCUUACUACAACAACAACAACAACAAUAACUCGUAUCACUAUAAUAAUGGACCCACUCCCUCCUCAUACUCACAAGGUCCCCCACCCAUUCCACAAACACCACAACCACCUCAACAGCAGUAUGCUCAACAUCAUCAGGUGGUAUCCACUUGUGCAGCGACUCCACAACCAAACACCAGUAGUGGCACUCACCAGCCAACAACAACUGUGCCAUCAACCUCGAAUACUACUACCACUACUUCAUCGAUGAAUGGCAAUGUAGGACUCACUUCAAAUGUUGAGGCUCAAUCACAACAGAGCACCACCACCACAUCGAAUGGUAUUGUUCUUGCUUCAGGAAGUGUCAUGAUGACCAAUUCGACCAAUCAUCCACCCGUUCAAACACCAACUCAACCUCCAACACAGCAGCAAUACUAUCCACCUCAACAAUCAUACCAACAGCCACCCAAUGGCUAUGUUGCUUAUUCAUAUCCUCCUCCUCCUAAUGGAUACCCUUACCCAUAUCCUCCACCGUAUCACGACAAUGUUCAGCAGCCUUAUUCACAACUGACACCACCAUUGCCCUAUGUACAGCAGCCACAACCAUCCAUACACUAUCAGAAUUAUGUUCCACAACAAGUACCACAACUACCAGUACCACCUCAACAACAACCACCAUUGCCUGCCCAGACACAACAGCAAUCACCUCAGAUGCAAUCAUUGCCUGCUCAGACAUCGCAACCUCAAUCAUUGCCUGCUCAGACAUCACAACCAUCUCAACCAUUGCCUGAUCAGACACAAUCUCAACAACCAUUAGCGACUCCACAAGAAAACGAAAAUAAGAACACUGCCCAUGAAUCAAGUGCUAAUACUACCAAUGAACCAACCAUGGUGGUGCCAUCCAAUGCAUCGAAUUCUUCCAAUUCUGUGAAUGAGGAUACAACUCCAAGCAACUCGGCAAAUAAUUCUACUGCUACGACCACUCCAAGUACCACAACAGCAGGUGGAAAUCAUACAAGUAGUGGUACUUCAGUUGCAACAUUGACCAAUAAUUCAGUGAGUGUAACACCAAUGCCUCCAACUUAUCCUCCACAACAACAACAACAACAACCAUUGCAAACAACACCACAUACCUAUGGACCACCACAUUCUCACUAUUACUAUUAUGACCCUUAUCGAUCACCACCUCAAUAUCAACCACAACAGGGAAUGUAUCCAUAUCCUCCACAGCCUCAAGGAGUGACACAACCACCUGGAGUUUAUCCUUAUCAACUUCCACCACAUCCUUAUGGAUAUCCACAACCACCACCACCACCUCAUAAUUAUGUUCAUGGUGGCCACACAAUGGAUCCAAAUUAUAACAAUCAUUCAGGAUAUACAUACCCUCCACCUCAGCAGCAAUAUGGAGGUUAUCCUCAACCACUGCCACCACCACAUGGUUUCAAUGCUCCGUAUGGGCCUCCUCCAUCUCAACCACCAGUAGUGACUUCCAAUUCUGGAAAUAAUUAUUUGCAACCUACGUGCUUACAAGGAAGUCAAACUCUUUCGAGUGGUGCUACUACAAGUGUGAAUAAUGGACCACCAAUGCAACAACAGGCUGGAGUGCUCACUGUGUCUACAACUACGACUGCUGCAACCAACAAUGUUGGCGCUGCUGAUUCACAGAAUCAUAGUGGUGUGGUGGGUGUCAUUCAACCUUGUCGAACCGUUGGCGGAACGAGUGGAACAUCUUCCACAUCUUCAGGAAGUAGUAGCAAUGGAGAGGUCAGAUCAACAACCUCACCUCAACCAUCACCAUCAGGUCAAACAAAGAUGAUUUACCAACGUCAAAGCAAACUUAUUUAUCCAGUGAGGACCUAUCAAGCUACUGAAGCUUCAGAUUCAUCUUCUCCAUUGACCAAACGUGAUAGAGCUGAGGAUGUUGAAUCGCCGGUUGCCACAAAGAAAGUUACUUAUUCUCAACCUUGUGCCUCAAGUACAACCAAUGUUGUGGCUGCAACCAAUGUCAAUACGACUGCAACAUCCGUCACUGUUGACCAAAAGUAG